GUCCAAUAUGGCGGCGCCCAGUGGCGGUGUGAACUGUGAAGAGUUCGCUGAGUUCCAGGUGAUGGGGUUUUCCUCCUGUGGCAGGAAUUACUCAAGGUGAUGAGGACAAUUGAUGACAGAAUAGUACAUGAAUUAAACACUACGGUUCCAACAGCUUCCUUUGCAGGGAAAAUUGAUGCCAGCCAAACCUGUAAACAACUCUAUGAGUCUUUGAUGGCAGCUCAUGCCAGUAGGGACAGAGUCAUAAAAAAUUGUAUAGCCCAGACCUCAACAGUAGUAAAAAAUCUUCGAGAAGAGAGAGAAAAGAAUUUGGAUGAUUUAACAUUAUUAAAGCAACUUAGAAAAGAACAGACAAAGUUAAAAUGGAUGCAGUCAGAACUGAAUGUUGAGGAAGUGGUAAAUGACAGAAGCUGGAAGGUGUUUAAUGAACGCUGCCGAAUUCACUUCAAGCCUCCAAAGAAUGAAUAAAGAAGGAGAGAUACUUUUUAAGGACCGAGUCAUCUCAUAAGAGCUAAGCAUGACUGCUAUCAACAGGGUGGGCUUCCUAGGAUGAUUUCUGAGCCAACAGUCCAAGACCUUUUGUUGAUUUCAGCCCCACUUAUCCAAGACCUCAAAUAUAAAUAAUACUGAUAAUUAUGGAGAAAUCAACUGCUAUUUUAUACUGAUUCUAUAAAAAAAAGUUUUGUAACUAUUAAAAUAAUUUUCUGACUCAGUGUACAUAUUUAUUUAUUCUCUAUGUUGAGACGGUAAGUUCUCAUAAGAGAAU